AUGUCCGGCAAAGAGAUUUCCGACUUCGAGAAGCAGCGUCUGGCAAAUAUUGCCGAACGCGAUGCACUUCUGAAGAAGCUGACCCUCGAGUCACAAUCCUCCGGACUCUUCGCAAGCCCGAAAACACCCAGCAAUGGAACAAAGCCGAAGCCAAAGAAGCGCGCAACACCCAAGGUGAAGGUAGAGGAAGAGGUUAUCGCACCACGACGUACAUCAUCGCGCCUCAAGGGCAUCGCGGCCGAGAGCGAGGUCGCGAAGCGCAAGGCCGAGGAUGAGUACGACGCAAUGCGCGAGGCGGAUAGACUCAAGAGGAUGCGCCGGACGGAUUCAUUUACACAGGCCGAUAUGUUUGUCUCGGGUCAAAAGCUCACCGCGGACAGCCUGAUCAGUGUCGAUGUUAUAACCAAGGGCGUUGCGAAGCCGUACGAAAGGACCUUCGGCGCCGAUGACAUUGAUAAAACGACCGACAAGGACUUGAAGGCUCUACGUGAGGAGAUGAAUAGUCUUCAACUGUGGGAAUCUUGGGACCCUCAAAGUAAGGACCUUUUUCACUAUAUUCAUCGAAGUCUUCUAGCAAAUUCUAACGCAUGUCCGAUCGCAGGAAUCAAGAUUACACCAGAGCGCGUGUAUAGCAUGGCCUUUCACCCGACCGAAUCCAAGCCACUCAUUUUUGCAGGCGACAAAAUGGGCCAUCUGGGCAUGUUAGAUGCCUCACAAGAGAAGCCCGCGGCCGGCGAAAACGACGAGGAAGAAGAAGACGACGACCCAGACCCAGUACUGACAACCCUGAAGCCGCAUACCCGUACCAUCAGCGCGAUGAUGGUCAACCCGUCCAAGCCCACACAUCUAUACACAGGCAGCUACGACAGCUCGAUCCGCUCCCUGGACCUGGAGAAAAUGGUAUCCGCGGAAACAUACGCGCCAGAGUCUACAAAUAUCGACGAGGCCAUCUCCGGCGUCGACAUGGCUCCCGAGGACCCACAUACACUGUACUGGACAACGCUGCAAGGAGUCUUCGGCCGGUACGACACGCGCGAGGCGCGGAAAGACAGCAACGUGACGAGCUGGGGGUUGUCCGAGAAGAAAAUCGGCGGGUUCACGCUUUGUCCGACUCAGCCGCAUUACUUCGCGACGGCUAGUCUGGACCGGUUUAUGAGAUUGUGGGACUUGCGCAAGCUUUCGGUGGAUAGUCCUACCCCGGUUGCUGAGCAUGAGAGCAGGCUGUCUGUUUCGCAUGCUGCUUUUAAUGCUGCUGGGCAGAUUGCGACUUCGUCGUAUGAUGAUACCUUGAAGAUUUACGAUCUCGGUGCUAAAGGGUUCGAGUCGUGGGAACAGGGUCAUACGCUUGCUGAUAAGGAGUUUACUCCGGAUACGGUUGUGCGCCAUAAUUGUCAGACUGGUCGUUGGGUUACUAUUCUUCGGCCUCAGUGGCAGCUUAACCCUCAAUCUUCGAUCCAGCGGUUCUGUAUCGGGAAUAUGAACCGGUUUGUUGAUGUUUACAGUAGCAGUGGAGAUCAGCUGGCGCAGCUUGGUGGCGAUGGAAUCACUGCUGUUCCUGCUGCAACUGCUUUCCAUCGGAGCAAGAACUGGGUUGUUGGUGGUACGGCCAGUGGCAAGCUGUGCUUGUGGAUGUGA